GCAAACACCGCCCCAGGUUGACUACGAGCGAACGAAAUUGCGUCACUUCCCUAAACAGUACAGGUUGCCGGAUGUCGGAAAGAGGUGCAGAAUUUGUUGUUUAAACCGUUUGGCAACAUUUGAGCGUGCUGGAUAUGUAAGAUGUCUCAACCUGAUCCGUCCUCCAAGAGCGCCAAAGUGUCCGAAGAUCCUUACAAGGGUGAAAAUGUUCAACAGGAUGGAAAGGACUCAGCUGAUAGAACGUCAGGGUCUGCGAGCAAUGAUGCGGACAGGUGUUUAAGAGAGAAAGUGUUAAAGGAGGUAGGACUCACCAGCACAGCCUUCAUCGGUCCUGCGUUUCCCCCACAGGCGCCCUCAGCCAAGUUGGACAUUGAAGACUCACUUAGUAUAUUUUACAAAGAGCUUGAGAAGAUUGACACACCAGACGGGCUUAGUGAUAAUCCACAGAAUGAAGUUGCUCCGCCUAACCACCACCUGCCUCAUCCCCCUACCAGCAAAGACUCUCAGGAUGGACCCGAUGGGAAAAGCAUCUCCACGAGAAGUUCUACAGAACACAACAAUUACCAGAGCAACAGCAAACAGACGAGGCCCGGCUGGGAUCACUGGUACCAAAAUGAACCAUACCACCUCAAAAGGCAGAGGCCAGUGGAUAACCAGUGGGAUUAUAGUGGACCUCCAAACGGGCCGCCGUACCCUAGAUUUGACAGACCGCCGUUUCCUCCCCAAUCGCACCAGCCCGCAUACCCAAAUCCACAGAGCGCCCCAAGACACGUCGAGGUGAACCCGAACAGCUCUGGACUGCCAAACCAGUAUCACAAGGAUUUUCAUCCGCCACCAUUUUCCAGCUUUCCACCUCCAAACGUGUUCGUGCCGCCCUCUCGGGGCUUUCAGGAGAACCCUCCGCAGCAGUUUGGGUGGAAUGAACUGAGUUUCUAUGACACAGAUUCCCACAACGCACCUUUUAGGGGGCCUCAAGACCAAAGGGAAAACUGGCCGCGGUGUGAUGGAGACUAUGAAAGGCCUCAGAGGUUUCCGUCAGAAAACGAACAAUGGCAGGAACCGCAUCGCGGCCAACCCUACGAAGAGAGGCGUGAGUAUCAGUACAGCUUGGUGCUGAUCUUGAUGAGGGGGUUGCCAGGGUCUGGGAAAACCACACGAGCCAGGGAGCUACUCUCCUCUGGCCCAAGUGGAAUAAUCCUGAGCACAGAUGAUUACUUUGCUGAAAAAGAAGGCUACCGCUAUGAUCCAGGCCUUCUAGGGGCGGCACAUGAAUGGAACCAGAGCAGAGCUAAAGAUGCCCUGCAUGAUGGCCGGUCUCCUAUUAUUAUUGACAACACAAACCUCCAAGCCUGGGAAAUGAAGCCAUAUGUCAAAAUGGCCUUGGAGAGAGGAUAUAAAGUGGACUUUUGUGAACCUGACACCAGGUGGAAGUUUGAUCCUUAUGAACUGGAAAAGAGGAACAAACACGGUGUUCCUCAGGAGAAGAUCGCUCAGAUGAUGGAUCGCUAUUCAUUUCCCAUCUCCAUAGACAUCGUCAUGAGUUCACAAGAGCCAGCUCACGUCAACCAGAGACGGCGACCGGACCAGCCACAGAUUAGGGAAAAGAUGCAUUUUUGUUAGUUUUCACACGAAACAGCCCCCUAAUUAAUAGUACCUGAAGAUCAACACUUUUAUAUGAUUGUAAAUAUUACUUUUGGUAAAUUACAGUUUUUAAUUUAUUACUUCCGAUUUAUAUGAAAGUGAAAUGAAAAUAUAUUUUUAAAGCCAUUUUUAUUUUAUUAGCACAAGGGGAAAUCAGAUUUUUCCUUCCUGCCAUUUUGUAUAUGCCUGAUAUUUCAGACUUUAUCUUGAUGGUGUGGUGUGUACUUGGUGCAAUACACAACUGUGUUGGAGAUAAAAUGGUUGCUAUUUGUCUUUUCUCAAUUCCUUCCUGAUUGCAUUACCUGUGCUGUUUUUUUUGUCUUUUAAUACAUUCUCAGAUAAAACCGCU